AUGUCCAACGACCAGUUUCCGGACUACCUUAAUGUCUAUUACAAAAAAUUGUUCCCCUACUCGCAGUUUCACAAGUGGUUGUCCUACGGGAACGUGAAACCAGAAAACUUUUUAAACAGAGAAUUUUCGUUCACCUUACAUGAAGAUAUUUAUAUUAGAUAUCAAUCGUUCAACACAUUGCAAGAAUUUGAAAAAGAAAUUCAAAAUCGAUGUCCUUUUAAAAUAGAUAUUGGAGCUGUGUUCAAUAUGAGUCCCAAAGUCUGCCGAAAUUAUCCUCAGUUUCAUGCUAUUGAAAAAGAAUUAGUGAUUGAUAUUGAUAUGACCGACUAUGAUCAAAUCCGUACUUGUUGUUCAGGUGCUGAAGUCUGUCAAAAAUGUUGGAGAUUUAUGGUUAUUGCUGUAAAAAUAUUGGAACGAGCAAUUCGGGAUGAUUUUGGAUGGAAGCAUUUGUUGUGGGUAUUCUCAGGUCGCCGAGGUAUCCAUUGUUGGAUAUGUGAUGAAUCUGCAAGAAAACUCUUACCUUCUGAACGUGGAUCGUUUAUUGAUUAUUUAGCUAUUUUAUCUGCUGGGGAUCCAAAAAGAUCUAAUGUAAAUCAUCACUCUGUGAGACGCAGUAUUGCCAUUAUAAAAGAAGAGUUCAAUUCACUUCUUGCUGAACAAGAUUUCUUAGGAACGACCGAACAGUGUAAUAAAAUUUUGUCAUUUAUAGCUGAUGAAAAAAUAAAGGAACAAAUUAAUUUACAAUUUUCAAAGUAUCAAGGUAGUAUACAACGAUGGGAAGCACUAACUGUUAUUGUUAAUAAUAACCAUAAAAGGGGGCUAUUAAAUUUUAAAACAAAACAUUGUGUGGAAGAUAUUUUGUUGUAUUUGGCAUAUCCAAGACUUGAUGUGAAUGUAACAAAAGGGUUAAAUCACUUGUUGAAGUCUCCUUUCUGUGUUCAUCCGAAAACUGGAAAAAUUUGUAUACCAAUUAACCCAAAAGUUAUAGAAAAAUUUAACCCAAACACUGUACCCACAAUCAAUGUUUUAAUUGAUGAAAUUAAUGAGUAUGACAAAAAACAAAAAGAAAUUAUCAAUGAUGCAAACCUGAGUAGUAAUCGCUUAAAGGAUUAUAAAAAAACGUCAUUAUUAAAAAGCGUCAAUAUCUUUGAAGAAUUUUUAAGAAGCUUAGAAAAUACUUGGAAAGGAAGUAUAAUAAAACAAAGUGAUAUUAAAAUGGAAUUUUAA